AUGGCAAGACCAGAUAUUCGGAUCGUUGUAGCUAUUGAUUUUGGAACGACCUUUUCAGGAUUUGCAUAUUCGAACAAGAUUAAUCCAGAAACUAUCACCAACGAUACUCAGGCUGGAGUAUUUAAAACAAACACUGUAUUAGCAUAUGAUGACAACUUACAACUUGUAGCGUGGGGUUACCCUGCCCUAGCUCAAGAACCUCCAAAGAAAAGAAAGGCAUUAGCUAAGCCGCAGCCUAAACCAGUAGAAUUAUUCAAAUUACAUCUUGCUGGUAUAAAAGAAGAGGAUAAACCUCCGCUUCCUCCAGGCUUAGAUGCAAAGAGAGUCAUUACUGAUUAUUUACAUGAGAUGAACAAACUCAUUUUAGAAACAUUAAAUUCUCGAUGGCCAGGUAUACGGUAUCCUCAACAAGUUCGAUUUGUGGUAUCUGUACCUGCUGAAUGGCAAUAUGAAGCGAAAGCAAUUAUGAGAGAAUGUAUGUAUAAUGCGGGUUACUUGGAACAUAGGCAAUCUGAAAAUUUGGAGUUUACAACUGAACCUGAGGCUGCCGCAAUUUAUUGUAUGAAAACUUUAAAUGAGCAUCAUUUAUCAGUUGGGUCUUCAUUCUUAAUCGUUGAUUGCGGAGGAGGAACUGUGGAUCUUACAACCAGAACUUUAUUACCCAGCAUGAAACUUGGUGAAAUUACUGAACGUAGUGGUGAUCUAUGCGGUAGUUCUUAUGUUGAUCGUGAAUUCCUUAAAUUCCUUGGUAGAAAAUUAGGUUUCGCUGCAAUGAAAAAAUUAAAAGAAAAUCAUUAUGGUCAAAUGCAAUAUUUAGUUCAACAAUUUUGUUCAAGAGUAAAAUUUUCUUUUAAUGGAAAUCCUAAUGAAUAUGCUCCAAAGGAAUUAGAUAUUGAACGUAUAUGUCCAGCAUUGAUGCAAUAUGUUACCGGUCAGGCCAAAGAUCAAAUGGAAGAUGCUGAAUGGUUGAUUGAAUUAGAUUAUCAAACUGUGAAAGAUAUGUUUGAUCCUGUUGUUAAAAAGAUUAUUGAUUUGAUUCAAAGGCAAUGUGCGUCAACUGAACGUAGAUGCGCUGCUAUGUUUUUAGUUGGUGGUUUUAGUGAAAGUCAAUAUUUACAAACUCAAAUUAGACGACAUUUUGCAACUCAAAUCCCAAUUAUUGCCGUUCCUAAACAUCCUAUAGCAGCCAUCGAGCGGGGUGCUUUAGAAUAUGGUUUAAAUAUGGAUAUUGUCCAAACUCGAGUCUUAAAAUUCUGUUACGGUGUAGAAGUAAGCGCGAAGUGGGAAAAACAUGAUCCACCAGAACGUCGUACACCUUCCGGCCGUAUAUUCAAAUUCCAUCGACUAGCAUUAAGAGGUGUUGAAGUUGCCGUCGAUCAAAAAUUCUUUUAUACUGCUGGUCCUGUUGUUCCUAAUCAAACUGAUAUGACUUUUAAUAUAUAUAUUACUCCUGAUAAUAACGCAAAAUAUU